AUGUUCCCAGCUCUCCAUACUAGCGUUGUUGGAUGCACGCAGUUGGAUGCAUUGGAUGCAUUCCCCGCUCCGCGGCAAAGGAGUGACGCUCUACCUGUCGUUGAGGCGGCCCUUGCGCUGAUUUCCCUCCCGGGACGCUCGCUUUCAUGGCGAAGCCUCGUCGUCGAGGAUUGGACCUACGAAGUGAACUCCGGAGACGCUCACUGCGAUGUGUUUGAGCUGCUUCGAGUGCCAGGCUCUCCGGACCUGAUCAACGUUUCGCAAUCUCGCCUCGUUGUGCCCCACCGGUGGUUAAGGAGUCGUCGACAAGCUCAAGGACAGGAAGAAGGGGUUCCGGGAGGAAGGAACGCAACCAGAAGGCUAUGUUCUGUUCGUAGUUGAGAGGACCAAGCUCUAUUUGCCUGGUACGCUCUCUAUAGGCAGCAACUUAAUUCAAAAGGGAAAAUAGAUCUCCUUCUCUCUCU